AUGCCGAGGUCAGCCACGGCUCCCGACACGUUUCCUCCGGCAGGUCCGGGGCAGGGCCGUGGGAGUGGGGUGGGCGCUGGAGAGAGACGGCGCGGGCAGCAGAGGCCAGCCCAAGCCGGGGCAGAACGCCACCACAGCCGCAGGGGCAGCCGGCGCCCCUCAUCCCCGCGUCCCGCCGCCGGCAUGAGGCGAGCCGGGCCCUGGUGCCUGCUCCUGGCUGCGGCCUGCGCCCUGGGCCGGACCCGGCCGCCCCCGCGGGCCGCCGUGCGCUGCCUGUCCGCCGGCGCCUGCUUCAGCGCCCACCUCGCCAACGUCUCGUACGCCGAGGCCCGCGGCGCCUGCGACCAGCGGCGGGGCAGCCUCGCCUGGGUCAGCGGCGAGCCGGAGCUGCACCUGCUGCUGAAGCUGCUGGCAGACGCAGCGGUGCCCGCGCCCGCAGUGUUCUGGGUCGGGCUGAAGAGGAACGCCUCCGCCUGCACCCACGACGAGCAGCCGCUCCGCGGCUUCUCCUGGGAGGGCGUCGGGGGUGGGACGGCCCCGCAGGAGGUGCCGGCGGCGCUCGGCCGGUGGCUGCAGGAGCCCCUGCUGUCCUGCGUCGUCGCCCGCUGCGCUGGGCUGCACCUGGCGCCUGACCCUGGGGACGGCCCCAGAUGGGGCUGGAAGGAGCAGGUCUGCGGGAUGAAAAGCCCGGGCUACCUCUGCAAGUACCAGUUCGAGGGUGCCUGCCCCGACCUCACUCCCGCGGGCGCCCUUGACCUCAACUAUCGGCUCCCCUUCGAGGAGCGCAGCGGCCGCCCCGGCUUCAGCCCGCCGGGCACCGUGCUGACAGUGGCGUGUCCCGGCGGGGAGGUGCGGCUCAUCUGUCAGCCCGGGCCGGGCGGCUUCGCCUGGAAGGCGGCAGAGAAGCCCCUCUGCCCCUGCCUCUUCGGCAGCACGACCCCCGACAGCGGGCGGUGCGCCGAGGCCGCCGGGUGCCGCGAUGCCGCCGGAGGCUUCGCCUGUGCCUGCAUUCCGGGCGGCCCGGACGGAACUCCCUGCCCGGGAACGGGGCCGGCCCCCACCGCUACAGGUGGCUCCGCGGAACCGUCGGGUGCCAGGACGGAGGGGCGGCGUCCUUCCAUCCCGACACCCGGCGGUUCCACGGAGCCGCCCGCCACCGCCACGGCCGCCGCCGGCGGAGAGAAGACGGCUGCUCCGCCGCCUUCCUCCUCCUCCUCCUCUUCCAACUACGUUUUCAUCCUGGUGACGGUCGCUGUGGUGGUGCUGGUCAUCCUGGUCAUGACAGUCCUGGGGGUGUUCAAAAUCUGCUUUAACAAGUCCGAGGGCCGCGGCGAGAAGGAGCCGCCGGAGGACGGCAGCAAGGCGGAGGCAGGCUCCGCGGAGCGCAGCGGAGCAGCGGGGGGUGAAUAGCCCCGGACCGCCGGGGCCGCGUCCCUCGGGGCUGCCCUGAGCGGCAGCUGCCACCCG